AUGGAAUGUAAACCUGUUCGGAUUAUGGAAGUUUUCAAGAUGUUGUGCCCGAAGAAUAUGUUCUACAUUGUAACUGCCAGGAAGUUCAGUGGCCAGGAAGGCAAUAUCCAUGAACCGAUCUACGGAGUAGAAAUGCGAAUCGUAGAUAUAGAUGAGGGGACCAUGAAGCAGUUUGAAUCCGCUCUAGAAACGGUGAAUCCUGCUCUGCGCUUUCCGUCGAAGAACGACUAUAUUGCUACAAAAUUCGACCUCAAACCACGAGAAACAAAUAAACGGUAA